UGUGUGUUUUUGCGGAACAUUUGUUGUUGUUUUUCAAUUGUAUUCGUUAUUGCUUUUAAUUUCGACUUCGAUUAUCGUUUUCACAGCCUCAUUUAAUCCUUGUUUUUGUCGCCACUUUUUUUUCAAGUGCUAAAGUGCCAGAUAAAAAACACACAAAUAAAACGCAAAAUAACAAAACCGCUGAGAAAAAUGCAAGUUUCUUGGAACAAAACAUCAAUUAAAACGGAUUACAACCGCUGAGCAGCAUCUUUAUUUGGAUAAAAACAUAUGAAUAAAACAAAAAAUUCAAGCGAAAACAACAACUGAAUUGCAAGUGCAAUUGCUCUUGGAAAAAACAACAAAAAAUAUCCGAAAUAACCAAUCGGCAGCCAUGAAAAAGAUCUAAAAUCAGUUAAAGCUAUCGAAUCGGAGAACCAGAGCGAGUGGAAAUCCGAUAGAUAGGGAUUUCGACGGAGAGAAUUCCAUUGAACCGAGCGGAAUACACUUGCAACCGCGGGUGGCAAUGCCACCGAGGCCCCUUUGGGCCCCCCUGCCCCUGCCCAUGCAUCGAACGGGGUGCAGACGACUCGCGAUCGCCGCUGAGGGUUGAAUCCUGCACUUGCCAUUAACAAUAAUAAUAGUUGUAAUAAUUAAUAAGCGACAAGAGCGAGCGUCACAACACAACAAACAAAAAACAAAAAACGAAAAAGGGGGAAAAAAAAAAAAAAAAAACAAACAAACAUAAUUAAAUAAUAAAUUAUCGACAUAAAUCGUGAAGUGAAGUGCACUCGCACUCUCGGUACAGUGAACACCAGACACAAAAUGACUAUGAAAUCGAUGAAGUACUCCGAUUGUGAUACCAUCAUGGAUGGCUACAAUCCGGUGCCACCGCCCCUGCCCCGCCGAGUGCCCCCCGUGCGAAAUAUCUACGCUGAGCCCUUUGCCCACGAGCCGAACCAUUCCAGCAGGUACGUAACAAAUUUCAAACUACAUCGUGGGUCAUCCAAAAACGGCUAAGUACAUAACAUAUAGAAUCGGGCCAGCGAAGCCAACCGCACACACCAUAUAUGCAUGUACCUAUAGCUUAGAUAUAGGUGUAUAUAUAUUCUGGGAAAAGUUUGCGUUAGUUAACUGAAAAAGUAUUACGCAGUCUAGUGCCCAACUAUGGGCCAAAAGCCCACGAAAACUUUAAAUAUAGCCACAUAAUUUUUUGGGCAGCUGAGGCAAAACUUUCCGCAGGCUUCAUAAAUGUGUGUGGCAAGUUGCAGUACCCCCAGCCCCUGUCCGCCUCCUCUCGACCUUCUGGUCCACCCACUUUGCCACCUAGUUAUGACCCUCUGUCCUCUCUGGAUUUUCCUCUGAAUUUUCCCUACCUACGAGAUAUUUUUGUGCUGAGUUUUCAUUAUCAAUGAACGGCUUUUGCGCUUUUUGCGCUUUUGUGCGGCUUGGUCGUCUAAGUAGCCACCUCCAACCUACCGAAAAAAGGGGGGCGGUUGGUGGGCUCUGGGGGGCGUGGCAGUUGCGGUUUUGGGCGUGACGGCAACUAUGAAAUAACGGCACUAACGACUAACGCUCGAAAAGUAAGUAAUCUGCACACACACAAAGGCAGAAGAGAUGUAUGCAUAGAUACGCGCUUACAUGGCUGCCCACCUCCCCCUCCCCCUUCCCCUUCCGCCACCUUACCCCUUUUCAUUCAGCCACCCACUUUUCCCCCCACCCACUUUCCAUACAUUUUGCAAGCCAGCCGUGUGUCGUUGUUUGUGGCCCGCCAACAGAAAUUUGUUGGGCAAUUUCCAAGCCAACAAAUCUCUGCAAUGCUGGUGCAGGCAGCCCAACCAACGAAGCCACCCAAUCCGACCCACACCCACCUCGCCACCCACUCCGAACCACCCACAACCAUCCGGAAAAACCACCCAACUCAGUCAGCCUAUGGAGCUUCGGUUAGAACAGCCUUGGAUUGCACACUCCAGCGGAUUCCUGGGUUACCAAAAACCAUUUAGUUUAGUUUCGAAAACUUCUCGCGGAGUUUGGAACCCAGGAAAAUACUUAUAGGUAUUCCUUUUGCUAUUUGCCGAGUUGGGGAAAGUAGCAUUAUGUGGGAUUCUCAAGUUUAAUGCCUUAAAACCACCAGCUUCGCAUGCGAUUAGUACGGAAAUAAAAAAAGGUUCUUGUAGAGUUAUGUGUUUUAUGACAGAAACAACCUUUUUUUUUAAAACAUAACUUAACCAUUUUCUCUUUAAGUGAACAGAUAUUUUGAACUGAUAUUUAAGUAUGUUUUGACUUACUAACAGAGUUGGUUUUUAGGGCUUAGCCAUUUAAAAACUGAAAUUUCAACUCUCGGGGAUCCCCUUAAAAACUUUCAAAAUGUUUUUUGAUAAACGUUGAUUAUGCUUCAGAAAUCGUUUUUAAAUGUUUUCAGCUGGCAGAAUAUGUUUGAAAACUUUUGUUUGGGUCCUUUUAAUAUUUUUAGCU